AUGCCAAACUACUUCACUAUCAACGGGCCUAAUACCCCGUUGGCGAAUGGAAGUCUCAUAGCUGCAAUGCAUUCCACGGUAGAUUACAUCGUGAGGUGGGUCCGCAAGAUGUCUACACAAGAUAUCAAGUUCAUCCAAGUACGGCAAGACGCGCUGGACGAGUACAAUUCCUGUAUCCAAGAGUCGCUGAAAAGGACUGUGUGGACAGGGAAUUGCAGAUCCUGGUUCAAGAAUGGCGAGGUCGAUGCCAGAGUGAUAGCUAUGUACCCUGGCAGUGUGCUCCAUUUCCAAGAAAUGCUUCAAGACUUUAGAACAGAAGACUUUGAGUUUGAGUACACAGUCAAGAAUCGCUUCCAGUUUAUGGGUAACGGCCUGACAUUAAGAGAGAUAAAUGACGGGGAUUUAUCGUGGUACAUGGUCAAGUAG